GACAGCGAAUUGGUGGAUAUCGGUUGUGUGUUAUCAGUUGGUACAGGACAGUGUCCAUCGAGUGAAGUGGGUUCGUCAAAAUUCGCAUUUGGAACACCGGGAAGUAUCAAUGAGGGGAUAUCGAUGAUCCGCGACUUAAUGAAUCUUAAAAAUAUUCUCAUCGAACAGAUAACCUCAUCGGGUGGUGAAUGUGUGAAACGAGCGCGGUCAUGGGCGCAUGAUCAGAAGAUAGCAUUCUUCCGACUCUCACCACCGCUAUCGAAAGCCGUCGAAUUAGACGAAUCUGACAAUGAAGUUAUCGUUGAUUUUCUUUGGGACACUGAGGUUUGUUCAUUGCCAUUAUUAUGCGCCAAUCAGUGUUCUUCGCUUAUCUCGAUGGUUAUUUUCAUUUGUAAAUAUGAUCGAAAGAAGAAUUUUCUCUUUCAACGAACAUAUAAUAAACUCGUCAAAGAUAUUAAUUUUCUGCUUUCCAAUAAUUCCUAUUCUUCUUAA